CGACAAAUGAGGAGUCGUUAAGGAUAUUAUAGAUCAACGUACCGCCCAUUACAAGGGUAAUACCAAUCAACAAGUAAUAUCGCGCCCAAAAUGACACAUGUGGCGCAUAAAUCGCAACUCCUACAUACUGGUCAGCCGCGCCAUUAUGUAAAAUCGCAGACAGUUAUCCAGGCCAAGGAACGAUUAAGAGCUAUAUCGCCUUCUUCCAGGCAAGCGGCAAUCAGGAGGAUACUCGAAGAAGCCCCUGAUAGGAUAACUUGUAAGGAGUUCAUUCGAAGUUUAGACGAAAUAUACACCGAAUUAUCGCAAGAUGCGGGAAUCAACGGAGAUACUGCAGUACCGGCCGCAGAAAUUGCGGAACCCCUCUUAUCAGCCAUCGCACCUACAGGAAGGGACAUAAACAGUGUAGCCGCAUUGAUAUACGUAGUUGCCUACACAUGCCACGAAGGAUUUAGGACGUAUACUGAACGCCGCUUGUUCCCCUACGUACUUGAUGUUGACCUAGAUGUUAGACAGUUUGCCAGACUGGGUUGUGCCAGGCUGUUGGUAAUGGUACUACUUAGCACAACUAAUAUAUUUGUCGGGGCCCAGGGGCCACAAUGCGAAAGAAGAGUAAACGUAGCUGCAGCAGUGGCUGCAGAACUGCUUGCACGUGAUGAGGAAGCACCACUACCACCGAGAAAGGAAAAGAACGACGUAUUUAACUAUGUAGUCAACAUGAAAAUGGAAGCCAAGAACAUGAAGAGACUCUUGAACAAAUCGCAGUGGGAUGCAUUGUGCACGGACCUGAGAAUAUAUGCAGCAUUUCCACCGCAAAAACUAAUGAGUAAGUUUGUGAACAAUCUUAAGCGUAUUUGCGACUAUGUCGCUUUCAAUAGCGAGACUGAAUCCUUGGGGGACUACGCCACUCUGAUUACCUCGACUUUCCUCAAUAGUAGAUUUCAAGUGGAGCUACUGCUCAAUUUCAUAGAGUCAAACUCGUCACACCACCAUAUACAACCCAAGCAUACAAGACGAAAGGAGCUAUUUGAACGGCUAAUACCCAUAAGAUGCCACGAGUAUAUAAAUACAGUUCUAUGGGCAUUCGACACUGAUGUUCUUUGUAUGCUUUUCUCGCUGGUACAGCAGAAGCACCAGGUUAUACAAUUUAAAACUAUGAUGGAACAGUUGGUUAAAGAUGGAAGCCAACCAGAAAAUUGUUAUUUAUUGGCCAAAGCGAUGAUAUAUGCAUUAACAGAUUUGUGGAUAAGAGAUCAUGACCCGUUUGGAAACAGGGAUGAUAUAGUAAAACUCAGGUUGGCUAACACAAACCCACUCUUCUGGUAUACAUAUGAACUGUGCCUCCAACAAUUCAUUAGCAGUGAAGACCUGAUAAAUGAAAUACGAAGUAUAAGCGGGGGGUCUAUACAAGGCAAGAGAUCAAAUGAACUAUUCGAGUUCCUUGGUGAAAUGGCUAAAUCACUACCGGGUGAGUAUAUCAUCCUUGGUAUCAUGGAAACGAUGCGAUAUGUACAGUACAACAUACAUGUAGUAUCCUUUAUGAUUAAUCUGUUCCAAGGAAUCCUGAUGGAUGUAUUCAAAGACACUAAGAUGAACUUCAGCAAGGGAUUGUUGGAGAUUGUAUGCUACUGCAGGCAGACCUUUGAUUGGGGAUUCAUGACAAUGCUAAUACAUAGUGUGGAUGCACUCAUGGUACCGGAGGAUGGUAUUGCCAACAGAAAUGACGUGGCAAAAGAAAAGCUUGCCGGUGGAUUUAUGGACUACUUGCGUUGGAAGAUGCAGCAGAUUCGACAGUCUAUCUCACAGGGUAACGUAACACCAAAUGUGUUUAUACCGAACUGCAAUGUCAUUGCCGAGAUAUUCUGCAUACUCAAUCAUACAAUAGGCCCAUGUGACGAGCUGUUGGAUAUAUUCCAGGCUUUUGUAAGUGAAUACAAGGGACUUGGCCACUAUAAGGUGCUGUUGAUACCGCUCUACGAUGCAUUGAAAGCGAGAGCAAAAGGUGAUACCCAACGCAGUCCCAAGGUACCCAUCGGUUUCGAUAGAGACCUUUACAGCUACAUGGUGCAUAACGAAGAUAUUCAGUCUACCACGUCACAUAUAGUCGAUAUCAUCUUCUCUUGCAAGCUACACCAAAGCGUGUUCGAUGCUGUGGCGUCCCUGAAUGCAGAUAAAAAUUCACUCAGGACACAAACUAUCCUAGAUGUACUUAUGCGUAAGUACAUCAACAGGCUUGUUAUGGUACUUAACCUGUCGGUGCCAAACGACUUUUGCUUACAUGUUAAUAAAAACACAAGUGAGGAAACUAUAGGUUUGGGCACACGUCUGGCUAUGGUCGCCCAGUUUACCGGGAAGCUACUGUCACUACACCUAAUGACGGCACAUUGCGACUCGGUAUACAUUAUAUUCAGGAUCCUCAUAGAAGCUAUUCGAAGCACGCAGGUGUUCCUAAUUGAGUUCGCAGUGGAGGCCUUCAGUGCCAUGGGUAACCUCCUGGCAUUCCCCGUGUUUGCCAAAGUAUUUAUCAACGAGGAUGUUAUCGCAAGGCUGUAUCCACAGUUUGCAUCUCACGUCAAAGCUGCCCUAGAGCGUAUUGAUGUAUAUAUAGUCGAGGUUUGUAACAAUGAUUCCGGAGCUGUGGUAUUCGAGAAACCACAGUGCCUCAAGGCAUUCGAUAGUAAGGCACGCGGUUCAAAGGGAUUGAUGAUAUUGAAGCAGAGUACAACGCUUCCAUACGAGUUUGAUCCUGACCACGAAGGUGCCAUGAUGCAUCCAAAUAAUGCCAGUACAGUGUUCUCUAUAGUCAACCUCGCAGCGAAUAUACAGUACAAACAGCUGCCACAGGAUACUGUGUGGUACCAGGAUCAACUUACUAUGGACCUCAGCAACCUAACAUUGGAUGACCUCCUGGGAACUCUGAAAGUAGAAUUCGAGGCACCACCUAAUGCCUUGGAAAUCAUGUCAAUCAUGGAGAUGACACUAAGUAACAAGACCUUCACUAAUCACGUGGAACAGUUAGUUACCAAAGGAUAUGUGGAUUGGCUUUUGUUCGUUAUAUACAGAUAUGUCCUAAUACGGGGAUAUACCUACUUCAGGGACUGCAUUGUUUUCAUGGCAACCCUUGGGGGCGCUCGCAUGAUGGAUGCAAUGGUCAAGUUUGCGGCAUACUGCCUUAAUGUUUUCCUAAAGUACCUCAGGGUAUGCAGAUCCAACCCAAUCUAUCGCAAGCUGCUAACAGUCAGCAGCGGGUGGAUGGGCGCUAUCACGCUUGGGCGUAACAAACCGUUGCUGACGAAACACCUGGACCUGAAGCACCUAAUCCUGUACUCGUACCAGAAUGGUUACCUAACAGUAAUCAUACCAGCAGUUUGCAAGCUCCUAAUGAAUGUCAAGUCGUCGAAGAUAUUCAGGUUACCGAACCCUUGGACAAGCUCGUUACUCAACCUGCUCGCCGAUAUCGCAACAUCCAGUGGUCUCAAGUCAACAUUGCAAUUUGAUCUAUCGUUAUUGUUCAGGAACCUUGAGCUUAUACCCGGUCCAAGGUUAGUCAACGCCUUGGUUAAGGAAGUUCCCGUGUCCGAUGUAGACCGUAGUCCGAAACUAGGAAGCAGUAUAUGGUCGACUUGCGCACCGCCUAACGCGCCAGGAGCUCAGAUGAUGCCACCUGAAUUCCAAAUUCAGCCGGUUACCCAAGAGGUACGUGAACUACUGAAACGCAAGAUCGUUCUGAACCCGAAGGUCUCCUGCCUAAAUGCCAAGUGGCCUUGGAUAGAGAUGAUACUUAAUGCCAUAGAGUCGUGUUACAUGGAGUCAUCAGAACUCAUAAAGAAAACGAUGUUUACGUGUAUCACGACAACAAGGAAUAUAAUGAUCACUGACUUUAGCGGAUGCAAGCGUGAUGUCGUGGAUAAUAACCCGGAGAUGCUCAAAAUAAGCGCCACAGCAAUGGCCAGUGGCCUUGCAACAAGUUUAAUAAUGGCAACUUCAAGGGAUCAGUUAUGUAGCCUAAUGGCACUGAGACUCCAUAUGCAAAUAUUAUCGGUCUUGUCAAUGGAACCUGUACCAGGCCACUCGGCACUGACGAACAACCUCGAGCAGGUUAGCGGGUUCCUCGCCAAGGAUAACCUCGGUCUGGUGUGUGCCUUAGUUGAACAGGCAACGCUAGAGUUGAUCACGGGAUAUGUUUCCGCGUCUAUCAACGACUGGAUAGCCAGUAUUGGUAAGGAGCCGUAUGCCAAUGUUCCAACCGAACUUAGUAUCGCACUGCAAUCGAAUAUGGGACUCGAUACCUAUAACCGCUUUGGAGCCCUUGUGCCCUUCGCCAUGACGCGGUUACAGGCUGACAAGCACCAGGGGUCACCACCACAUGGAUUUGGUAUGCCAGGAGGUUAUGGCAUACCACAAGGUGGUAUGAUGAACGAUUCGGUGUCAAUGAUGCAUCACACGAAACCAAGACAAAACGCCCCGGCAUUCCGGCUACCUGACUUCAUGGUUAUACCACCUAUUGAUAACCUGCCAACUUCAUUGAUUGCCUGCAAGAUCGAGGAGUUUGAGCAUCGCGUAAAGGAAGCGGCGAAGCAGAUACUCACGCACCCACCCACAGUGCCAUUGCUAAACAGCAAGUACCUCUACAGUGCAGAUUCUUCGACGUUGCUGUUACUGUCCUGUUUACCCAGGAACCAUGCUUUGUUUACGUUACUGUGGUCCAUGGACUAUAUGCUCCAGCACGCUGCUAGCCAACCUGAAUGCAUCGAGGCCAUAGUUGGCAAGGUGCUAAAGACGUCCAAAGAAACUAGCAAGGGUCUGGACGUUGUGUCUAUAGUCCAGGAAGUUGAGUACUGCCUGCUUGAGAUGUUAUCAGUGGGUACACCAUUAGUCGUGGAUAUCAUUACUAACGUUAUGCCGUCACUAGGCCCAGCGCGUUUGUGCCAAUUUGUUAGGCACGGGCUUAUUAAGUUACCCGCUCUAGAUAGGUACAUCAGCGGAGCUAUGGAUUUGGAAACCUGCUGCCGUACUAUGCACAAGUUGGUCCUGGACACUCAAUGGGUCACAGCAGCUGAUCUUCCCAUCAGCAUGAGUAAACUGGCUUCAAUGGAUCCCAAUGCUACUGUACAAAUACAAAUCGGUAACAGUCCAGUAUCCAUAGAAUUUGGUGAACUCCACAGAAGGCUGUCAACUCGCAUCCCUAUGAUGCCCUUUUCAGGUGAUUCCGAUGGCCGUAAUAACAUGGGCCACGUACCCCCGAGCACUGAGCAUACACUUGGGUAUGUACCACCAGGAGGUGGUUAUCCAGUACAGGGUGCUGUGGGAAGACCUGGGAAUAGGAAUAUCCCAGAUGUGCGUUUGAGGACCAUGCGUCAACUUGUGGUCGAUAAGAGCUUGGUACGUAACAAGAUGGUAAUCAAGCUUUGUGAAUUGCCAGGUAAAGAACGAUAUAUUAAAAUGUUCCAGGAGUUUUUGGUGAAUGCCGACAAAGACUCCUCUCAAUUGUACCAAAACUUUAAUGAACACCCUCCAGAUGCUUUCUUAACGUGUACCCUCUUAUGCGCGCUACAGAUGACAUUUGAACCCAUGGGCACAGAAAUGAAGAGUGACCGCCUUCCACAAACCUCGCAUAACUCCCCAGUGUGGCACUACUGUGACGGUUGGUCUGUAAUGGCAGCACGUCUGUCACGUAGUGAGACUUUUAUGCUACACAAGGCGCUGCACGUUAUGCUAGGUGUGAUGCAGCAUGGAUUAGUACUCAUCUGUUUCGAAAGGAUACUAUCUAAUUUAAUCAAUGAACUGGAGUCGAAUCCGCUCUUUUUAGUGUCGUUGGCUAACUUCUUGACGCUAUGUGGCCCUUCUGAGAUACCCGAAUUCGGAGAAUACUGGAUAUCAUUGGUAACACGAAAACAGUUUUUGCACCAGGUCAUACAAUCACCAAAUGAGUGGCCGCUGUAUCACCACCUGCUAGUAGAGGCGUUGACUUCAUCGCAUUCCAAGAACCCAAGUAUAAGCUUUGUUCUAGUAACGCUGAUGCAGAAGGUGCCCGAGUUUUUAUGUGGAUACUACCUCAGUCUGUGCGAUGUAGUACCGCCACGUGCAAUGCAGCUACGUAACCUGCUGACAUGUGCCGUGCCACGCAGCUUCAAGCUUCCGAACCCAAUUAUUGUCACGGAGCAUGUGGAAAUCCCAUCGCUAAACUUCACCAAUCAUAUAAUCACCGUGCUGAAGGCCAGUGGAUUGAAGGUGGCUACUGAUAUGUUCAUUCACGAACCUAACGAAGGCUUGGUGCCAGUUAUACUAAAGGAACUGCGAUUGACUGACCCUAGCACAUUUGACGUUGUGCUGGCGAACCACUAUGUGUUGUAUUUAGUCAAUACACUACCCAUAAUCCGCAAGAAAAUGCCAGGAGGACAUCAGUAUGCGCAAAACAGCUUACUCCUGCUCGAGAAGGUCAUUACCAGCUGUAUUUCACAGGCAAGACAUAUGCUACUAAGCUGCAUGACUAACCAUUUGCGCUACCCCAAUACCUCAACGUUCUCCUUUGUCUCCUUUAUGAUAAGGCUGUUUGUAAACUGCGAGCCUCCGAUGCAGGAACAGAUAACUCUGGCGCUUCUAGAACGGUUAUUAAUAAGUAGACCGCACCCUUGGGGAGUUCUUCAUCUACUGUUCCAGCUAGUGGAGAACCCCAAGUACGACUUCUGGAAUCGUAUUGAAGCAGCUCCAGAAGUGGAGAAGCAUAUUCGCCGCAUCAUCCAGGGGUGUUUAACCCCAAAGGCGCCGCCACAGCCUGGAGCCCCUAACGAGCAUGUGCGUUAGAAACAGGAACUAAAUAUAUAAUAUUACAUGCGUUUGUUUUAUAUGUCAUAGUUUUGGUGUGUAUGGAUGGGUGUUGAUAU